GGGCAGGAUAUCACAUGGUGAUGGUGAAGGAGCCCUACUGUAACCUGGGGGAGAUCUCCCGCCUCAUCUGUCACUAUGUGCCCAACGCCACCAUGGAGAGCAAUGCCGGGGCAGAGCUGUCCUUCAUCCUGCCCAAGGAGAGCACGCACAGGUUUGAGGCCCUGUUCACGGAGCUGGAGCAGAAGCGGGAGGAGCUGGGCAUCGCCAGCUACGGCGCCUCGGUCACCACCAUGGAGGAAGUCUUCCUGAGGGUUGGGAAGCUGGUGGACUCCAGCAUGGAUAUCCAGGCCAUCCAGCUGCCUGCUCUCCAGUACCAGCAUGAGAGACGCUCCAACGACUGGGCCAUGGAUGACUCCAGCAGCCUGAGUGGCAUGACAGAUAUGACGGAUGACAGCGGCGCGCUCAUUACGGAGGACUGCUCCAGCAUCAAGCUCAACACCGGGUUCUACCUGUGCUGCCAGCAGUUCUACACCAUGUUCAUGAAGCGAGCCAUGUACAGCUGGCGCAACUGGAAGAUGGUGGCAGCGCAGUUCCUCGUGCCUCUGAUCUUCACUGCCUUUGCCCUCAUCGUGGCCAAGACCUUCCCAGGGCCCCGGGACUCCUCCCUGCUGAGGCUGACGCUGGAGCCCUACGGCCAGACCGUCGUGCCUUUCUCCGUCUCGGCCGCCUCGGGUCUGUCACAGAGGUUGGCGGAGCAGUACGUGGAGCUGCUGGACGCCCAGCGCCAGUCACCGCUGGAGGUGCUGGGUGGCCUGGAGGAGUACCUCAUCUCAAGAGCCUCCGAGGAAGGGGGAGCCUUCAAUGAGCACUACAUCACAGCCGCCUCCUUCGAAGGAGCCGGGAACCGCACGGUGGUCACCGCGCUCUUCAACAACCAGGCAUAUCACUCCCCUGCCACGGCCCUUAUGCUGGCCGACAACGCUGUCUUCAGGGUACUGGCGGGCCCCAACGCCUCCAUCACAGUCACCAACUACCCUCAGCCCCGCAACAUCACUGAGAAGGCCAAAGACCAGCUCAUGGAAGGCCAGACUGGGUUCGCCAUUGCCAUCAACUUGCUGUACGGCAUGGCCUCGCUCGCCAGCACCUUCGCUCUGCUGCUGGUCAGCGAGCGGGCCAUCAAAGCCAAGCAUGUCCAGUUUGUCAGCGGUGUCUACGUGGUCAACUUUUGGCUUUCCGCCCUGCUCUGGGACAUCAUCAACUUCCUCAUCCCUUGUGCGCUGAUGCUGGUGAUAUUCCAAGCCUUUGAUGUGCAAGCCUUCACCCAAGACAGCCACCUUGUUGAUGUGAUGCUGAUCUUCCUCCUUUAUGGCUGGGCCAUCAUCCCCCUCAUGUACCUCCUCAGCUUCUUCUUCUCAGUGGCGGCCACGGCCUACACCCGUCUCACCAUCUUCAACAUCCUCUCAGGCACGGCCACCUUCCUCGCGGUCACCAUCAUGAGCAUCCCAGAGCUGGGCUUGGUGGAUCUCUCCAAAACCUUGGAUAAAGUCUUUCUCAUCUUACCCAAUUACUGCUUGGGCCAAUGCAUCAGUGACUUCUACCAGAACUAUGAGUUCAUUCAGUUUUGCACUUCCUCUGUUGAAGCCAUCUUCAUCUGCAAGGCGUUCAAUAUCAGUUAUCAGAUGAACUACUUUUCCUGGGAGACGCCUGGGAUUGGACGAUACCUGACCUCCUUGACCAUCCAAGGUUUCUCCUUCCUCUUCCUCCUUUUCCUCAUUGAGACAAACCUUCUCUGGAGACUGAGAACUUUGGUCUGUGGCAUCUGCAGGCGGCGGAAAUGGGUGGCCCCGCUGAACCGGGUGUCUGUGCUGCCAGAGGACAGAGAUGUGGCAGAUGAGAGGAAGAAGGUUUUGGAGUCGCCACCAGAACUGCUGUCAUCUCUCAGCAGCCCUCUGGUCAUCAAGGAGCUCACCAAGGUCUACGACAGCCGGGAGUCCCUGCUGGCGGUGGACAGGAUCUCCUUGGCGGUCAGCAAAGGGGAAUGCUUUGGCCUUCUCGGCUUCAACGGAGCGGGCAAAACCACCACCUUCAAGAUGCUGACUGGUGACGAGAGCAUCACCUCAGGGGACGCCUUUGUGGAUGGCCACAGCAUUCUGGCCAACAUCAAGAAGGUCCAGCAGCGGAUCGGCUACUGCCCGCAGUUCGAUGCCCUCCUGGACCACAUGACGGGCCGCGAGACGCUGAGCAUGUACGCCCGGCUACGGGGCAUCCCCGAGCGCUACAUCGGCAGCUGCGUGGAGAACAUGCUGAGAGGGCUGCUCCUGGAGCCCCACGCUGACAAGCUCGUGAGGACCUACAGCGGUGGUAACAAGCGGAAGCUGAGCGCUGGCAUUGCCCUCAUCGGUGGUCCCCCCGUGAUCUUCCUGGAUGAGCCCUCCACCGGCAUGGACCCCGUGGCCCGGCGUUUGCUCUGGGAUGCAGUGACACGGACACGGGAGUGUGGCAAAUCCAUCAUCUUCACCUCCCACAGCAUGGAGGAGUGCGAGGCCCUGUGCACACGGCUGGCCAUCAUGGUGAACGGGCAGUUCAAAUGCCUGGGCAGCCCCCAGCACCUGAAAAGCAAGUUUGGCAGCGGCUACACCUUGCUGGCCAAAACGCGGAGUGAGGAGGAGGGCGAGCUGCAGGCUUUCAAGGUCUUCGUGGAGAAGACUUUCCCAGGCAGCGUCCUGAAACACGAGCACCAGGGCAUGGUACAUUAUCACUUGACCAACAAGAACCUCAGCUGGGCACAGGUCUUCGGGGCCUUGGAGAAAGCCAAAGAGAAGUACCGCUUGGAAGACUACUCGGUGAGCCAGAUAUCCCUGGAGCAAGUCUUCAUGAGCUUCACUCGCUUCCAGCACUACACAGAGGACAGAG